AUGGAGAAGUCCAAGAACUUCCGGAUAGACGCCCUCCUGGCCAUGGACCCCCCGAAGCCGCAGACAUCCCCGCUGUCCCUGGUCACUUCCCUGUCCUCCUCCUCCAUGUCCGGCAGCCCGCCUUCCGAGCACCCAGACCUGAGGACUGAGAGCCCAUCACCCCCUCGGACCUACGGACUGCUUCCCAAGCCCGGCUUCCUCAGCAGCCACCAGCACCCUGGCAGCAUGAUGGCCAUGCACCCCCAGCACCAGGCGCUGUAUGGGCACCCGAUCUACGGCUACUCGGCUGCGGCUGCGGCUCUAGCGGCUGGACAGCACCCAGCCCUGUCCUACCCCUACAGCACCCAGAUCCAGGGAGCCCACCAUGCCCACCAUGCUGUGGACCCCAUCAAGUUCAGCGCUGGCACCUUCCAGCUGGACCAGUGGCUGAGAGCCUCCACUGCUGGCAUGAUGCUGCCCAAGAUGGCAGACUUUAACUCCCAGGCUCAGUCCAAUCUGCUGGGGAAGUGCAGGAGACCCCGGACAGCCUUCACCAGCCAACAGCUGCUGGAGCUGGAGCAUCAGUUUAAGCUGAAUAAAUAUCUCUCCAGACCCAAACGGUUCGAAGUGGCCACAUCCUUGAUGCUUACAGAAACCCAGGUAAAGAUCUGGUUCCAGAACAGACGUAUGAAAUGGAAGAGGAGCAAGAAGGCCAAGGAACAGGCUGUCCAGGAUUCAGAGAAACAGCAGAGAGGAGGCAAGGGGAGCUGUGAGGAGAAAUGUUCAGAGGACAAUCAGGAUGAAAAGUCCUCCACCUACCGUUUACACUCAAGGGGGGAACCACUCAAAGCAGGUAGUCGCCUACCCAGAGACUAUACAGACAGUGAGGACGAAGAGGAGGACCAGGAAGAUGAGGAGGAUGAGGAGCACAGAGAUGACAAGCACUUCUACCAUCAUUCAUCUGACUGUACGUCGGAGGAGGAGGAGAAUAGUCAUCAGCAGAACAGUCAGGUGCACUGA